GGAGAGAGGAAGAGAGCGAGUUUGCAAAGGGGCACCGAUGCGUCGGCUGUGUCUGCAGCACUGAAGUGUUGUCUCCUUAUUAAGAAACUUUUAAAUCACGCACUCGUGCGUAUUCUUCAUCUUCCUCAAUAAUAAUUUAAGAACUAUUGAAAUGCACUUGAUGCAACAGUUCGCAUGCUUGGGCCACAGAGUACAAACCGCCGCAUUGUGGUGCUUUAACCCUGCUGCACCAACGUCUGUAGGGAGCAGCAGAAAGAUUGAUGCAUUAUCACCGUCUGCUCAGGGAUGGCACUAGUGCUGUCAAUUAUGGUAAACAUACUUCUUUUCAGGAGCGGAGGGGGCAUUUGUGCCUUUCUAUUGGCCCUCGGUAAUUUGCUCCCUCCUCUCGACCCUCCCUCGCGCUGUUCCUAUGGUUCCCAGAGCUCUUAUUGGAUACUGUAAAGUUUGGGACAGGACACCGGUCUGGCUAAGCAUCCUCCGUCGCCAUUGGCUGGAUCCCCCCGUCUGUCAACUGGACUUUGACAGAGAGCCACGCCCCCUGGUCUGUAGGCCCGGCGCUGAUUGGCUACUGUAACUGUCAGCGACCUCUCAUUGGUCGGCUUGCCCAGCUGUUGGUGGUUCAUUCACCAUUUUGUGACUGUAGUGGAAAAGAAGACCGAUAGUUUUUUGUUUUUUUUACAGCCUUGUUUGAGUUUCUGCGGGGGUAAGGACAUGUUUUGCGGAGGAAAAGUAAAGUGCGAGUCCGGACCGCGCAGUCGUCAGAGCCGACAGCCAAGAAGGGACGUUACCGACAGUUGUGCCCGCCUCCUCAUCGGCACAAUAACACCGUAAAUCGUUCUGCUGCGAGGAGGAAACGCUCUGUUUGGCUUGCAAUACAGAGGACAGAAGGACGGGAGACAAGGAAAACAGAGAAAGACGGGAAAAAAGGAGUGCCUUAGAAGUGAAACCCCACAAAAUCUGCACUUUGUGAACAGCGAAGACGAGAUGAGACCAUUAAAGAAACACAGAGGGCGCACUCCCCCGUUAACCAGAGGUAGAGGGGGGAGAAGGAGAGGGGGCUCUCAGCCCCUUCAAGAGAAAGACCCCAAAAGAGUCAAGAGGGAAACGCUCGUCAGAACCACACAGCAGACACCCAGCACUCCCACAAGCAAGCAGAUCUCGCACACGGCCGUCAGCUCCAACGAAGAGCCGAUCACGAGCAGCAAUACCCCCGCGAGGGAGGAGUCCACUGAGCCGCGGAAACCUGUGGAGUCAGUCGAGAGGGAAGACAAAGAGGCAGAAGAAAAGACAGAAAAGGGAAAGACAGUGGGCACGAAUGGAAAUAAGGCAGUGUCCACUGAUAUUGUAGCAUUUCCUACCUCGACCCCAACGCCACUCUCCACAGCCACGCCCCCUUCGACCACCAAUCAUAGCCCCAGUUUAGGCUCCGUCUCUAGCAGGAAAACAGCCACAUUUAAGGCUCGUGUACCCAAGAAAAAAUACACAUAUGAGCACUUUGCAAACAAUGCAAGUAGCCUGACUACCAUUACUACCUCCAGCCCUGCACUCAUACACAACAGUUACUGCAAUAUUCACAGCAGAAUCAGCGAUAGUUUGAAUACACCCAAUAAUAAUUUCAAGAGUAGUAACAAUAUUAGUAAAAGCACUAACAACAGCAUUCAUUUUAGUACAAAUAGUAGUACUAAAAGUAACACUACUAGUGGUAUUAACAACAUGGCUAACCGUAGUGACGGUAGCCAUAAUACUCUUAUCAACAGCAGUAAUAGCAGAAGUAAUAAUUGCUCAGGUAAUCAGCCAUCAGUGCUAAUUGUGGAUAGCAAAGCUCCAGAAGCAAACCACUUUGUUUCCACAGAGGAUAAAAACCUCAGGACGGCAGAAUCCCAGGAAAGAGAUUCCCAAGCCGGGGAGAACGAGUCCGAGGGAGCCCCGAACUCAGUGCGCUCUUCCUCCACUGACACAGCGAGUGAGCACUCGGCUGACCUGGAUGGGAUGGAAGCAACAGGAGCGAGCCUUCAUCAAAAGAACUCCCGCUACCCAGCUCCUCUCCAUAACUCGCACCAGAAAGAGGCCCCGCUUUCAGAGGGACUCGCUGAAGCUCUGGCCAAAGGCAUGAAAAACCAGAGAGUUCUCGCUCGCCAGAUGAAGAGGACCAUGGAGAGAGGGGUUGGGGUUAAGGAGGUUGACUCCUGUCUUUUAUCACCUGUGUUCAGACCGGGGUUGGUGCGUAGGGUGAGUAGAGGCACUGUCGAAGUCCAGCUCCAAGGAGAGGAGACCCUUGUUAAAUACCCUUUCCAUGGUGGCACCGCGAUGACGUCGUCAUCCGCGGCCAAGAGCACUGUGGAGUUCAUUUUGGACGCCCCCCCGCCUGGCAUGGCACCCGUGGCUGUCAGGACCCAAGUGUGCGUGCCCUUCGGUGGAGAGGAGGGGGGUCCCCUGCUGUACAGAGAGGGCGUCGUCACUCAGGUGGACCCCCACCCCGGGGUGUCUUUUCCUUACCAGGUGCUCCUGAGUGAAGACAGAGAGACGCUGGACAAUGCAGAUGUGGGCGAAGAGAAAGAGAAGAGGAGAGCCAAUGCCAAUUCUCAGGCCGUGUGGGUGUCCCGGCAAAGUCUUAGGCUGCUCACCCCUCCCUGGGAGGUCCCGCAUUGGGAUGGUGGGAGAGCCCAGGAAAGAGAGCGUGAGAGGGAGAGGGAAGAGAGGGAGCGGAGGGAGGAGUUGGAGGUCGAGAGGGAAGUUUGCCAGUUGAGUAUUGGGAUGGGGGUGCUGGGAGGGGGAGCCAGGUUGGGCCAUGGUUUUUCCCAUGAAGGAGUUGCAGGAGGGCCCUACGGAAACGCACACCCACCAUCCCGCUCCUCCACCGUGACUCCUGGUGUAGCUGGCAGCACAAUUCAUGACUGCGGAGAGAACUACUCUGCCAGAGAGAGACAGAACCAGCCGAACACUCCAGAGGAGGACGUUGAGGUGUCUCGUUUUAACAUGGCGCUCACUGUCGGCCCCAAGACGAACGCUGGGACCUCUCAGCACAGAAACAUCGUCUCCAAGUCCAGCUGCUACCCCCCCUCCUCACCCCACCUCUCUCUGGUGCAAGGCCUGGCACCCCCACAUCUCUCCAGCCUAGCGAGUCCCCAGCCACCCCGUUCCCCUGCCUUACUGGGGUCUGAAAUCAACAGCACCACUCCAAGCCUACCUCCAUCAAAGUCCACUCCCACUCAGACCCCUACUCCCACUUCUGGUGGGGGGUCCUCCUCUACCUCCUCUCGCUCCAGGACUCCCCUGUCAUUGGCUCAGCAGAAGUACAAGAAGGGCGAUGUGGUGUGCACGCCUAAUGGUAUCCGUAAGAAGUUCAACGGUAAGCAGUGGAGGAGGCUAUGCUCCAGGGAGGGCUGUAUGAAGGAGUCUCAGCGUCGAGGAUACUGCUCAAGACACUUGUCCAUGAGGAGCAAAGAGAUGGAGACGGGAGCGGGAGGAGGAGGAGGAGGAGGAGGAGGCAGCAGCUCAGGGACCGUCACCCCUGACCUGCGGGGGAGAGCGAGCAGUGAGUUUGAGUGGGACGACACAUCGAGAGAGAGCAGUGAGACCAGCAGCAGAGGAGACUCCAGACCCCGCCUGGUCCUCCCCUCCCUCCUCCCCCAUGACCUGUCGUCCCGCUUUGACUUUGACGAGUGCGAGGCCGCCACCAUGCUCGUGUCCUUAGGGAGCUCCCGCUCUGGCACCCCCUCCUUUUCUCCCAUCUCCACCCAGUCGCCCUUCUCCCCCGCCCCCUCUCCCUCACCUUCUCCGCUGUUCGGCUUCAGAUCGUUGAGCGAGGAGCACAUGUGGGAGUUGGAAAGGGUGUGUGAGCUUUUGCAUAUGGUCGUAGGAGAGUGUGAAGCGCAAGGGAAAGUGUUGGUGUCGUCUCAACAGCUUGUGAAAUAUGAGCAAAUGCUGGAUUUUUGUGUGUUUUGGUCGAGAGAUUUUAAAGGGACAUAUUAUUCUUUUUGGGAGAAACAUCAAGGAUUUCAUUCAACCAUGUACUCAUCAGAGAAUCCUCAGUAUCUCCGCCAAGGAUUGAGCAUGUUUGUGUGGACCAAUGUAGAGCCCCGGUCAGUUCCAGUCUUCCCCUGGCAUUCAUUGGUCCCUUUCCUGGCACCCACUCAAUCAGAUGCCUCUUCUCAGCCAGGAGAGGGCCAGCACCCAGUCAACCACCCCCAAGCAGCCAGUCUGAAGACAGAGUGUCAGGGGGUGGCAGCGCUGUCACAGCAGCCUGCAGAGGCACCUCCCACUAUAGAGAGAGCUCCUCCAUGCCGGCCUCCCCCCUCUGCCGAUGAGCUGCCUCCAGAGAAGGAGAAAGGAGAUGCAGAGAGAGAGAGGCCUGACAGCGAGACGGAGAGUGAUGUGGAUGACCUCUUCCUCCCAAGUGUCGUACCAGAGCAGCCCCUCUCUACAUCGCCAGUAAAGAGACGCACUCAGUCCCUCAGUGCGCUGCCCAAAGAUGGAGAUAAGAGCAGCCCUGGAAAGAGGGAGAAGGACCACAUCCGGCGUCCAAUGAAUGCAUUCAUGAUUUUCAGUAAGCGCCAUCGAGCAUUGGUGCACCAACGGCACCCGAACCAGGACAACAGGACAGUCAGCAAGAUCCUUGGGGAGUGGUGGUACGCUCUCGGACCAAAGGAGAAACAAAAGUACCACGAUUUGGCCUUCCAGGUAAAAGAGGCCCACUUUAAGGCUCACCCAGACUGGAAGUGGUGUAACAAAGACAGGAAGAAGUCCAGCUCAGAGGGCCGUGGGGUGCCAGGGGGCAAAGACAUCAGAGAGAGGAGCAUGUCCGAGUCCACAGAGCCCCAUUCUGUGGAGCUCAAGGGGGUCGGUCCAGGUCUGGUGGGCGUGUCUGAGAGGAACACAGGAGAAGGUCAUGUGGGCCAGCUGACCCGUCCCAGAGCCUUCUCUCAAAGUGCCAUGCACAGCCUGGAGCAGAGUGACAGGGGGAAUCCACAGGCCCUGACAGAACUAGCACAGAUGUGUGGGGAUGGUGGCAGUCAGUUCCCCAGUCAUGCUCCGCCCCUGUCCCGGUCCCAGAGGGGGGUCAGCGAGGACAUGACCAGUGACGAGGAGCGCAUGGUCAUCUGUGAGGAGGAGGGAGACGAUGAUGUCAUUGAGGACCCUUAUCCGAGCAGCUCCAUAGACCUCAAGUGUAAGGAGCGGGUGACUGACAGCGAUAGUGAGAACGGUUCUGGAGACGAAAGUGAUCGGAAGAGAGUUUUUGCUCCAGUCAUUUGCUCCUCUGCCUUAUCGUCUUCCUCACACCAUACCCCUCAUGUCAGGAGUGUCUCACUGUCCUCUUACCCCAGCAGCAAGCGUUAUGAUGAGGGGACAUCAGGAGGGGGAGGGUUUUCAGAUCACAGGAGGAAGGAAAGAGGAGAGGGAGAGAGUAAGGACACAUUUGGGGGAGAGGGAGGAGGAGGAGGAGGAGGAGGCGGCGGCAGAGUGCAAGCCACAUCUCUCUCCCUCUCUUCUGGCCAUUCGGUCAUCUCCACUACCUCAUCAGCAGGUUCACUGGGGGUGAACCCCCUCAUGGGGAUUGGCGCUGUCAGGGUGGCGUCUACGGUGGUGACCAAUGUAAUGCGCCCUGUCAUCAGCACGCCCCUCCCAAUCGCCAGCAGAACCAGAGAUGGAGGCACAUCCAGCCCGCAUCCGCCAGAGAGGAAGUCCCUGACUCCCCAUCAGCAGCCACACCUUCUGAUUGGUUCAGGAGGAGGGGUUCCAGCCACAGGGGGUGGGUACUACUCCUCAUCACUUAAUCCUUUAGCUGGAGGCAUUGGCCCUGGUGGUGUAGUGACUAAUUUGGUGUUAGGAGGGGCUCUGUCUGCUCAACCCGCUGUACAGCUCAUCACACCCUCCCACCACCACCACCAUCCCUCCCAGCAGCAGGCCUUUUCCUCCUCCGCUGUUUCAGUACCGCACAACCAAACCAACGGGCCCCUGCCUCUGUCCCUGCUUCAGCCCCAGUUCCUUCCCGCCUCCUCCCUAGCGUCCCCUGGGGGUAAGGGUAUCACACAGGUUCAGUACAUCCUGCCCACCCUACCUGCCAAUGCCAACCCAAAGAGUCCACCUCAGCAGCUCAGCCAGCCAACCAGUAUCUUCAACCUGCCCACAGCUCCACCCACACACAUGUCCCUGGCCAAUGGAAGGCAGCAGAUGACAAGUUCACUGACGGGGUAUUCGUCCAGCUCAGCAGUGGGAGUGGUUAGCCCUGGAACGAGAGUGCACACACAGUCUCCAGUGCUCCAGGGCAAAAUGCUUGUUCCGAUGGCAACACUACGGACAGCACCAGCCCAGCAGGUUCCCAUUGUUGCUCCGCCUCUUCCGGUCCAGAACGGUGCUCAGACAGGAAGUAAGAUCAUCCAAAUAGCUCCCAUGCCUGUGGUCCAGUCCCAGCUGUCCCACAGUGGAGCGGUCCACCCUGGCAGCCCCUUCCCUGUAACGGUGGGCACAGCUGCUGUGGUGGCUCCAGGAUCGGCCCCCUCCCAGGCUGUACUCCUGCCUCCAGCUCCCACCAGGAUCACUUAUGUCCAGUCCACUUCAGGGGUCUCCUCCACUCUGCCUCUGGUCUCCACCACAACAGGCUCUUCCACCAGCCUGUCGGUGCCCGGAUCUGCAUACGUGCAAUCGCCCCUGGCCACACUCGGAUUCACAGCUAUCGCACCGCCGGGUCAGACGCUGGUUCAGCCACUGAUUGCAGGUCAGCCACCUCUCCUGGCCACGGCUCAGUCUCCACAGCCCCCCCCCUCGGCCCCCGGCUCAGGUUCCGGGGGCCAGAUAGUCGCCGCCAUCUACCCUCCUUCUCCUAACGUCACCAUGGCAACAGGGGUGGUCUCCAUGACAGCAGUACCCCCCAGCGUGGUGUACUCCAUCUCCAGCCCUUCCACCGUGUCCCCCCACAUCCUGUCCAAACACACAGUCACCCCCAGCACCAUCACACACCCGCAUCCGCAGCCCCAUCCGGACAGACAGGCAGACAGGCACCUGCCGCCGGACAGACCUGCAGAUCGACAGGCAGACAGACCGGCUGAGAGGCAGACGGAGCUGCUGACUCAUUCGGACAGACAUCUGGAGAGGCAGACCUCCGGCAGUUGCAGCUCAGUGGCACCUCCAAGUGGCUCAGCUGUGUCCACGAGGCCCUGCAGUCCUCUUCCAAUCCAGACACCUGGCAGUGUACCAGGUACACCGAAACUAACCCAGCUUCCAGUCAGGACCCCUCAGAAGGUGAAGGCAACGCUGGCGAACAUUCCCGUAGGCAGCUAUGAAGGAGGAGGCCGAGGAAAAGAGAGAGAAAGGGAGAAAGACAGGGAGCGGGAGAGGGAGAAGGAGAGAGUAGCUGCAGCCACCAGUCGCUUCUCCUUUGAUGCUGAGCUGGCGGGGCAUCCCGCUGAGGAGCCGCCGUCCUGUGACCGACCCCUGGAGGGCUCCAGUGCAGCGGACUCCUUUGACACACAACACAGAGAAAGCACAACCACCAAAGAGGCUGGAUGGAAGGAGUCCCUCCCCUCCUCCCCUCCCCCCCCUCCAUCAGCCACAGAACCGACCCUGCCCCCCCCACAGGCUGACAAAGAGGGUCCUCCAACCAAAAAAGUCAAAGCCCGCCCACCACCACUUAAGAAGACUUUUGACUCGGUAGACAAGUCGGGCAGGGUGCUGUCAGAGGUGUAUUUCGAGGAGCGCUUUGCUGAGCUGCCGGAGUUUCGGCCUGAGGAGGUUUUGCCUUCACCCACCCUGCAGAGUCUGGCCACUUCACCACGAGCCAUUCUGGGCAGUUAUCGCCGCAAGAGGAAGAACUCUACAGAUUUGGACUCAGCCACUGACGAGCAAGUGUCUCCUAAGAGAAAGAGUCGGCGGCGCUCAAGCUGCAGCUCAGAGCCCAACACGCCGAAAAGUGCCGCCAAGUGUGAGGGAGACAUCUUCACCUUUGACAGAGCAGCCACAGACGGAGAAGACAUCUUGACCGAUAUGGAGUUUGAUAAGGUGCCCUACUCCUCCCUGAGGCGAACACUGGACCAGAGACGAGCGCUGGUCAUGCAGCUGUUCCAGGAGCAGGGCUUCUUUCCCUCAGCUCAAGCCACUGCAGCCUUCCAGGCGAGAUACUCCGAUAUCUUUCCUACCAAGGUGUGUCUGCAGCUGAAGAUCAGGGAGGUACGGCAGAAGAUCAUGCAGACGGCUGCCCCCUCUGAUGUCUCCGCUUUGGGCAUCCCUGACUCACUCGGCCCCCUCCCUGGACCUUCCGGCUCCCAGUCAGGAGAAGGGUCCAUGAGGGGAGGUGGGGACCUGCAGGAUGAAGAUGUGGAGCAAGGGACCGAGGGGAGCCCCGAGGAUCCUCGUGAUUCACAGGAGUCUUCUAGAUGAGGGAUGCUGACAAAUGAAAUUGACCAAUCAGUGACUGUUGAAGUCACACCUUUCCACCCCCUACACACACACACACACACACUUACUUUAAUCCACACUCUUAACCCUCCUCUGGCCUGAUCCUGGUUUCCUUCCAUCCGUAGCACCCAACCGGUGAGACGGAAUGAUGUUUUUUAUGCAAUGUUGGGACUUUAUUUUUUUUGGUAA